GGAUGUCACUCACUCCUUCACUCUCGGUUAAAACCCGUCAUUUGGUAACGGGAACAACGAUGACUGUGUGUUCAGAGCACCAUGGCCGCCCAGAGGAAUCACAAGGCUGAGCAAAGAGGAACACCGCAUGAACUUAUGCGCAACGAGGCUGGAACUAAAGCGCACAGAGGAGGAACUGACCGGCGGGAGUCUGGGGGAGUUUAGGACGUGUUCCGUUUUUUUUUUGUUGUUUACUGUGAAGUACUGUGAGCUGCAGACAUGGCUCUGUCCCAGUUACAGUGCCUGGACGAUAACCACGUGAACCCGCGUGUGCACGAGUCCAAACCGGAGUUCCUGUACUGCGAAGACCAGCGGCUCGCGCUGGAGGCUCUCCUCCAGGAUGGUCGCGAGGCGUUUUUGAAAUACCUGGAGGCUCGCGGCCUGCGGCUGUUCCUCUCAGACCCGGAGGUGGAAGCUCUCGCCGGGGCGGUGGAGCCCUAUGACCCGGGCUCGGAGCUCUUUUCGGAUAGUGCCGAGGACGACGAGCCGCCGCUUUCAAUGCACUACUGGCCCGAGUUGUCGGACACCUCCAUCCCACAAAUAGACCUGGGUUGGCCGGAUAGCGAUGCUUACCGCGGGGUGACGCGCACUACCGUGCACACGCAGCCGCCGCUGGAUGGUCAGGCGCACAUCAAAGAGAUAGUCAGGAAAAUGAUUGCGCAGGCGCAGAAGGUUAUCGCAGUGGUGAUGGAUGUCUUCACCGAUGUCGACAUCUUUAGAGAUUUGCUAGAUGCUGGUUUCAAGAGGAGGGUCUCCGUCUACAUCCUGUUGGAACGUACAACACUACCUCAUUUCCUGUCCAUGUGUCAGAGGGCCAACAUGCAUGCCGGACACCUCAAGCACCUUCGCGUACGCUGCACAGACGGAGUAGAGUUCCACACUCGGUCGUCCACCAAGGUCACAGGGCGAGUGGGGCACAGAUUCAUGUUCAUCGAUGGAGACAAAGCUGUUUCUGGGUCGUACAGUUUCACUUGGAUGUCAUCUCGGCUGGAGAAGAAUCUCAUCACGGUGGUUACAGGCCAGGCAGUGGAAGCCUUCGACAGGCUGUUUCGAACCCUCUACGCGACCUCUAGCUCGGUCGAACUCCGUCAGGUCGCCACGGAACCUGAACCUGAACCGGAGCCCAUCCGACAGGUAGCCGCAGUAGCCCCUCCUUCUGCUGCUCUUGCCAGGAAACUGUACAACCCUAAAUAUGCCCUGGCUUUAGGCAACCCCAGCCCAGCUCCAUCUGCUGACCAGAACAGCUCAGAAAAGACUCAAAGUGAAGAGAACCCGGAUGUCCCAGGUAGCAAAAAGAAGAGGCGGAAGAGGGCUUCUAAAGACAACACACAGGAGGCUCCCCCCAUCCAUCCUGGACUCCUCAAUCUCGAGAAAGCAUGCCUGAUGUCAUACCUGCCCACCUGGCCAGAGCCUGAUCCCCCUAGUGACGUAAUUGGGUUCAUUAACAUUCGUGAUUCCAGCAAACCAACUCCAGUCCAUCUACAGCGAUCUGAGAUGUUCGGAAUAAGCCAAGCGAUCAGGUUUAGCAGUCCAUUCAGCAUGCCAGAGAAAACCCUGCCAGAGGUGGCCACACCCAGGCAGCAAACUGCUAAAUAUGAGGAGAUAAAUAAGCUCCAGUCAGCACAAGAUAAAACCAAGGCUAAAGAGUCUGUGGUGAACAGAGCUCAGCCCACACAACUCAUUGCACAGCCUGGUGACGCCACAAAUAAAGCAAAGGUACCUGAACACAACUCGCCUGCAUCUGGAACAACUUGUGAAUCUGCAAAGAGUCUCAGCAGAGAUAAUAAACUACAUUCAAACACAGCUACCAACCCAAAUGUAGGUCACAACACCACACCUCACCUCAAAGCACAUGCACCUCCCCAAAACAGCAGCAAAGCAUCGCCUCCUAGCACAGGGAGGCCUUCACACCACACACAGGAUGUCCCCACAGACAAUCCUAAAUCAGAUUCUCUCCCUGGAUCAAAGACUAAAGAAACUAUCUUAAACAAACCGAGCGUUGUUGUGCGCAAGACACACACCCUGGAGUCGAACAGCACAGCACAACCUUCACAAAUGGGUGAUACCACAGGACAACACACACAGACACAUACAGAUUCACACACAAAGGCUGUUCACACGCAGCCACCAAACCCCUCUGAAAUUACCCCUAAAGUCCAAACUCCCGUCACCAACAGCUACGUAUCCCCCUCCUCUACCUCUGCCACGUGCUCUCAGCCUGUCAAUUCAACCUCCCUUUCUAAAAAUGACAACAUCGCCAUCAGUUCUCCUGUUACCAUUUCUUCUACAAACGUCAAUCCUCCCCUCCCUUCUUCCUCAUCUUUGACCUCAACUCCUCCCAUCCCUAAACCUCGCACCCUCCAGCUGGUUGUCAAAGAUGGAGUCACAAGCAGCAACCAGAGGCUGCCGGAGUUCAGCGUCAUCAGGAGGCGUGAGACCAGCACAGGGCCGCCGGUGGUCAGCAAUGAGCCCGCUGUAGCAACUGUGGUGGAGAAAUCGCCAGAAAAAGAACCCGAGACUGUGCCAAAAGUGCGGAACAACAGUGGAAGCAGAACACGGCAAGAUGCCAAGAAUACAGGAAAUAUCAGGACUUUCCAAGAAGUGGUUGUCAAAGAUGACGUCACAAGCAGUGACAAGAAGCUGCCGGAGUUCAAUGUCAUCAGGAGGCGUGAAACCAGCACAGGGCCGCCGGUGGUCAGCAAUGAGCCCGCUGUAGCAACCGUGGUGGAGAAAUCGCCAGAAAAAGAACCCGAGACUGUGCCAAAAGUGCAGAACAGCAGUGGAAGCAGAGCAGGAGCACGACAAGAUGCCAAGAAUAUGGGAAAUAUCAGCACUUCCCAAGAGACAAAGAAUGACGAAGCAGUUGGACUACAUGAUGACAGAGCAGAAAUGCAAUUGGUGGCUGGAACCAAGUUCGAAAGCCAGCCAAAUGUUUUGAUUACUGAUGCACCAAAGGCCGAGAGCAUGAAUAUUCACGAAAUAAUUCCAAAAGAUGUUGAGUCCAAGACUUUGACAUCAACAGACUGCAAAUUAACCUCACAGAAAGACUGUGGACCCACAGCAGAGGCAGCGACCGAGGCUCCAGAAAGAGCCCUGACAGGCCGUGACUCUGCUGAAGUGGAACCACGGAAAAAAACAUACCAGGCAAGUGCACAUGAACUUCAGGGAAUAUCAUAUUCUGCAGUGACUCCACAGGAUUUAGGUAUAUUAGACGCUGUUGACUCUGUAAAAUCUCCAACACACACUCCUGUUUCCACAAAAGACACCACUGGUGAUAGCACACGCACAUCUGCUACAGACGCACAUGGCACACCACCGGCACAGAGUGUGUCAAAUACUGCGAAAAAUAAUUCCAACAGCAUCACCGUUCAGGAACUAACCCCUCACACACGAGGAGGCACACACACACCUGAAAAAUCCCUGCGCUUACACCUCUCCGAUACGCACGCGCCAGACUUGCGUUUGCCGACGCCUGAGAGGGAAUUGCGGUCACUCUCGGCCCUCGUGCGCACUCCAACUCCGGAUGGAUUCACCCCAGAUCAACGGUCAUACACCCCAGACAUUCGAACGCCUACGUCCGACAUGAGUGACGGGUAUGUGUCACCAAGGACGGACUCCGCCCUCUCCACAACCUCAGAUGAGUAUUACGAAUGUGCCGACUCUCCUUUCCAGGAGCCUGUUAUUGACCAAGUGGCUUACAGCAACCACGCGACGACAGAGGAUCAUGUCAGCGCCACACACACAGAUACGCCUAUUACUACAACCGUUGCCACCAGUCCUGCAUUGAUAAACGAUAACACUCGUGCGUAUGGAUUAGGCACCAUGGACAUGAAUACCUCGAGCAGUGAAACGCUGAGUUUGUCUAGGCCUGCUAGUGACUCCUCUUUGUCUUCUUUACUUGAGGAAGUGAAAAUAGUCGAGGAAACUGCAGAUGAAGAAAAUGGGAGAAAAGGGGAUGAAAGGGGGAGCAAACUGAGCGCAGCAGAGAGGAGGACAGUGGGAAAUUCCCAGGGGCUACAGAGACAAGGCAGCAGCGAGGAAGCUAAGAGGACGCCACACAAUUUUAAACAAGGUGAAUACUUGACACAGACUGUGGGAAAAAACAAGGGGGCCCAAGCCCAAGUCCCCAAGAGGAAGAGGGUUCUAAACCAAUCAGCAGCAGAGAAACUGGUCGAUGGAGGAGCGACUCCAGGAGAAUUAAACAACGAAGAAGUGGAGCCAAAGCGAUUGUCCACAGGUGACCUUAAACCAAAGAAGGAUUCUUCCGAGCGAGGGAGGCCAGACAAAGAGAAGACUGUGAGCAGCGGUGUGGAGAGGAAAAGCAGACCCCAGUCAGCCACAGAGACUGAGAGACAGAAGCGUUUGCCAACUCCUCCAGGAACUCCACGAGGACAGCAGCAAAACAGAGGAGCGUCCUCUCCUUCCCGAUCAUCCAAAUCUCCUCGACCCCUCUCGGCCAGCCUGCCUUUGGGGACUCAUCCCAUGGGAAGCCGUCAAUCAAACCAGGCGGAAAUCAAAGCGGCCCAGAGUAGUUUAUCGGAUAACACCUCAUCUGCUCGCAAACCACCGCCCAGACCACCUCCACCUGGGCCAGUGGGUGCCAUCGGGUCUGCAGCUGGGCGGAAGCAGGCCGAAGUCUUACGCAGCCCACAAGGCUCCGUCUCUCGACAGCCCCCAACAGCACAGGGCAGGGCUAGAGCUGGACAAUCACCGAGUCGACAUCCUUACACAAAACCUCAGCCUCUCUCACCGAACCAGGUGGUACCAGCGCAUCAGUUGCACAGCCAAACGGAAGAAGGAAAGGGUCCAUUUAGCUUAACAUUUGGGAAACUGUACAGCCUUAAAGGUCUGAAGGACAAGAUUGGCAAGCUGCCAACACAGAACAGGAGAGGUAGCACCAGCUCAGGUACAGGCACGUAAAAACAUGAGCUAGUCUGGUGCCAUUACUGUAAAAAAAAGAGGCAAGUUACGAUAAAACAUGUAAAUGGGGAAUAAAAAACUGUCUUCCCCAAACUCCAAGAAAAAAAGGUUUGAAAAAACACCAGUGUUCACAGCAUCUGUCUUGCUCUGUGCCACUAGGGUUACUUCUUGCAGACGGUAAUAUCUGAACUUUCAACUAUGACCCAUGACUUGUGGUGGUGCCUCACCUGAUGGAGAAGUUGUUUUCCACAGUUUUCAGUAAUAAACCGCUCCUGUGCAUCGA